GCCUUGCCACUCACAGCUCGGCUUCUCUAUUGUUGGCUCCCCGGAAGGGGGCAGAUUUGGGUGUGGAAGUACGAGAGAGAGAGAGAGAGAGAGAGAGAGAUCUUGCGAGCACUUGCAAGGGACUUCAGAUGCUCAGCGUUGUCCCUCUGCGCCGCGAUCGGGACCCUAAACAUGGCCACGUCUCCGGCUCUUCUCUGCAGCUGUGUGAUUGUCGCAGUGCUAAUCAGCUUCUUUCGCCGAGCCGACGGAUUUAACAUCGACUUGCGUUUCCCGGUGAUCAAGCAAGGGCAGAACGAAGGCAGUUUCUUCGGCUUCUCGGUCGCACUGCACAGACAGACGGUGGGGGACAACAGAUACCUGUUGCUGACUGGUGCUCCAAAAGAGAAGGCUACCUCUAACAUCAAUGCCAAUGCCAAUGAAACGGGGGCACUCUACUAUUGUCCCAUUACCAACGACAUGACUGACUGCAGCAGGGUGGACCUCAUUCAGAAAGUGUCUCCGUCGACAGAGAUGAUUGAAGGCAUGUGGCUUGGAGUGACAGUGGCCAGUCAAGGAGGUCCCACUGGAGGAAGAGUGCUGGCCUGUGGACACAGAUACGUCAGGAUCAUGAUGUCGGGCAAUGAAGAGCAACUGCGUAUGAUUGGAAAGUGUUUUGUGAGGGGCAACGGUCUUAACUACGAUCAAGAUGAUGACUGGCAGAUCCACCACUACGAGGUCUGCAACCCGGCGGGAGACCUGGACAUGGAGGGCAUGUGCAGCAUGGGAAUGGCAGCAGGCAUGACUGAAACGGACGUAUACAUUGGCAUGCCGGGAAGCUUCAACUGGCAAGGUAGCAUUGAUGUGACGUGGCGGAAUCCAAAUGAGGGUGAAUCUUGGGACCUCCAAGAAAGGAAGCUGUCCAAUCUGGACAAGUCAAACAGCUACAUCGGAUAUUCUGUCCUCGACGAGAAAAAUAUCUUUUAUGCAGACCGCUACACGAUUAUAUCAGGAGCACCUAGGGAUGAACACAAGGGGGCAGUGUACCUGCUGGACAGCCAAAACGAACUUGUGAGCAACAUGACCUUAAACGGACAGCAAGUGGGCUCCUACUUUGGGAACAGCCUGGCAGCCACGGACCUGAACAAUGACGGCUGGAAAGACCUAAUUGUCGGUGCGCCCUUCUACUUUGACCGGAAGAAAGAACUGGGCGGAGCUGCCUACAUCUUCAUGAAUGAGGGCGGCAGCUUUCAGGCCACACCCACUGUGGUGCUGAACGGGGUCAGUGAGUCGGGCUUUGGAUUUGCGGUGGCCAGCAUUGGGGACGUCAACCAGGACGGCUUUCAAGACAUUGCAGUCGGGGCACCCUUUGAUGAAUCGGGCAAGCUGUUCAUUUAUCAUGGAACCAACCAGGGGCUCGCCCCGGAGCCCAGUCAGGUGAUCGAUGGGAAAGACAUCGGCACAGACGGAAUCAGGACCUUCGGCUACUCUGUCAACGGCGGCCUUGAUGUGGAUGAGAACGCCUACCCUGACAUCUUGGUGGGAAGUUUGUCUAACAAGAUAGCGCUGCUCAGGUCUCGGCCAGUCAUUCAGCUCUCCAAGACAUUCACUGUGUCUCCGGCUAUUGUGGAUCCUGCCAAGUGCACCUCCACGUCUUGCAUAUCAGUGGAGCUGUGCUUCAGUUAUAUUCUGAGUACAGGAAACAAGGAUUUCAAAAAGGAAAUUACUCUUAAUUUCCGCCUGGAAGCGGACGCCGAACGCCGGGUGCCACGGGUGAGGUUCCCCAACACGGCCACUCCUGCUGUUUACGAGGCUCAGUUCAAGAUGCCAGCAAUGAAGUGUGUGACAGUGGACCUCAUUCUGAGUGACAACAUCAAAGACAAGCUGCAGCCCAUCGUUUUUGCUCUGAAUUACUCGAUCCCAGAGUCGAGGCCGAAAAGUCGCAGAGGUGCCAUCCAGAAUCUGGACGCGUUUCCAGUGCUGAGUGACACACAGAAGAACCGGGACACUCGGGAGAUCAGCUUCCAGAAGGAAUGUGGCAAUGACAACAAGUGCAGGAGCAAUCUGCAGGUGACGGCGGCUUUCACCACCGAGCAGCAAGUUGACCUGCCCAGCAAAGCUGGAAGGCAGGUCCUACAGUACAGUCCAGAUGUGAAGAAGCUCUAUGUGACCGUGAAUGUGACAAAUUAUCCAAGUGCCACAAAGGAGGCGGAGGAUGCCCACCAGGCUAUCCUAAACAUCACACUCCCUCCAACGCUGCAGUAUUCGGGGGUCCGAUCGGAUAAGGUCCGCUGCCAUUAUGAGGAGACCUUGCUGUGUGAGCUGGGCAAUCCUUUUAAAAGCCUUGAGCAGGCGACUAUUCUGUUGAUCUUCGAGGCAUCCGGCAUCACCCUCAACACGCAGGAGAUCAGCGCACAGCUCCAGCUUUCCACACAGAGUGAACAGAGUGACCUGAAGCCCCUGACUAUAAUGUUACUCAUCGAGUAUGACGUGCAGGUCACAUUCACAGUGGACCGCUCAGUACAGCUAACCUACUUCAGCGGGACCGUGAUGGGGGAAUCAGCCAUGAAGACCGGCCAGGAUGUCGGGAGCCUCGUGGAAUACACCUUCACGGUGACAAUGAACAGCGAGCCACUGGGUGACAAGGGGACACUUCAGUUGGAGCUCGAGUGGCCCUACGAGAUCGCCAACGGCAAGUGGCUGCUGUACCUCAUGGCGAUUUCAACUAAAGGGACUGCGGCGACACGCUGUGUGCCUCCCGGCGAGGAGGUGAACCCUCUCAAUCUUACACUGUCCAAACUACCGCCAAGGUCGAAGAGGGAGGCAGAAGGGCCUGCACAUAUGGAAUCAGGAUUAACACUUUCGGCAUCCAGUAAGGGAAAGCCCACAUUCCGGCUGGACUGUUCUCAGCACACAGCAAAUUGUAUAAGAGUCCACUGCCCGCUUGUAAACAUGACGCAGGAGGCCAAGGUCACUGUGAGAUCUCGCGUGUGGAACAGCACGUUACUAGAGGAAUUCAGAGACGCCAGCCGGGUGACCGUGACUGCCAUAGCUAAGCUCAGACUGGUGAAUUCAAAGCCUACGAUCCGAAUGGAAGAAAAGCAGUUGCAGCUUUCCCUCAACAUUGACUCGGAGAUCGCCGAGGAGAAGCCUUAUGAGAUCGAACUGUGGAUCAUCAUCGUGGCCGUGUUAGCUGGCGUCCUUCUGCUGGGACUCAUAAUCCUACUGCUUUGGAAGUGUGGCUUCUUUAAGCGCACCAGCUACUACAGGAUCAUGCCAAAGUACCAUGCGGUGAAAAUCCGAAAGGAGGAACGCUACCAGUUUAAUGAAGGCUUUCUGACCAAGAAUCCAAAGAAAAAGCACUGGGUCACGAACUGGACUGAAAUGCAACGCUAUUACUACUGACUUGCCUUUAAGUGCGGCCUGCGAGGCAGGACAUUGUCCACUCAGGAACACCAGGGGGCAGCAUUUGCGCCCACUGGCCGUCAGAGGCUUGUGGCCUCCUUGAAGCAGAAGCGCGCAGGGCCACCGCCAGCCGCAUUGGCAUCGACGUGCGUUUUCUCAAAAUAUUUUGGUGUCCGGUGCAAUACUACGUGUGAUCCGAUGGCCGACACAUUUCAAUGCAACAACAACAAAAAAAACUCAUUCUUUACCAAAAUAUUUUGAUUAAAGUAAGCCUGGAAAAGAAAUGGAUGAACUACUGUUUGUUGCAUUAAUGUAAAUCUGUAUAUUUUUGAAAUAAAAAGGGAAGGGUU